GUUACAACUUCAAUUCAAACAACUCGACCAAGAUGAAGUCGUUCACCAGCUUGUCUCUCGCUUUACUGGCUCUUCUGGCAUCCGUAUCAUCUAAAAACAUUCAAGGAGCUGAAAAAGCAGUGAAUUUCCGGCACUUUAAUGGCUACACAGGCGCAAGUCAAACAGGCGUUCACUAUGACUUCCUCACUUACAACCCGGACCUGAAUCUCAUAGGCCUCGACAACCAAAUCCGGAGUGCCUGUCAGACUGGAAUUUGGAUGCUGUACGAGAACAUCGACUACAACUACUUAACUAGCGGCGCCGUGUGUGUGCAGCCAGCGGUAGGAGACUGCUUCGACCUCUCUGCUGCAUGCUUCGGCACGGUUUCCUCCCUGCGCUACGCUGGCAGUGACGAUGGCUUGAACGACAAUUUCUACAACCUAUACGAGGGCGUGAGCUUCCAGGGCUUAGAAUAUAAAGGAAACAACACUUCAACAGAUGUCGGCUCUCUGGACGAGAAGGUAUCAUCUGUUAUACUCUCCGGUACGGAAAGGUGGACAUUUUUCACGGGCCCUGGGUUCACUGGAGGCUCCGUUUGCGCUAUUCCCGACGAUCAAUACAUCGGCAGCGACGGUACAAUCUUGAACUUCGGCCUUUUUGAAACCUUAAACGAGCUGAGCUUAUUCGAUGGAGGGAUAAGGUCGCUGAUCAAAGGCUGCUUCAGCGACACCGUCGUGAGCGCUAAGGCUGUGAAGGCCAAAAGAGCAGAUCAAGCUGCGGCUCGUGGCUUAUAAAUGGUCCUGAAACAUCUUCUUUUUUUAUACAUAAGAUAAAGCCGGCGCAUAUCAUGACGUUCCAACUUUAAAAAUGUAAUGUUUGUGAAAUAUUAUUGUAGAAAUUACGUUACUUUCCAUAUUUCCGCCCUUACUAAUUUUACAUUGAGGAAGACAAGUGCAAUGCAAUUUUUU